UGUUUUUUUUGUGUUACUUUAAAAUCAGGAUUGAAGGUGAGGUUUUAGUUGAACGAAGAUGUCAUCACCAUAUCCAAUUCUCGAUAAUCGACCAAUUGAUCAAUGGAAGGUUACAGAGUUAAAAGAGGAGCUCAAGAAGCGGAAAUUGACAACCAAGGGUUUGAAGGAUGAUUUGAUAAAGCGUUUGGAUGAAGCAAUACGAAUUGAAAGCGCAAAUGCUGAUAAUGGUCUUAAUGGUGAUCCCCAACCUGUUGUUGGGGUGAAAGUUGUAGAGCCACGUUCAGGUUCUAGAACACCUAAAAGUAUUGGUUCUGGUGGACGUAAAAGGACUGAAAAAGUUGAUGUUCCAGUUCAGAUUGACAACCGCGCAGCAACCUUGGAUCAAGGGAAUAUUCAAGAAGGUUAUAUUUUGGUGGAUAAAGAUGCAUGUGCUAUUGUUGAAGAGGGGCUGGGUCAAUCAACUACUGUGGAAACCACUGUGGAAACCAGUGUUACGGUCACCGAGAGUGUGGUAACUGAGGAAGCAGUAGUUGUGCAAGAUUCACAGUACACUGAAGCCAGUAAGGGGAAUUGGAAUUCAAAGCCCCUACUGGAGAAUGAGGAUGCAAAGCCCCUGCUUGAGAAUGAGGACCCAAAGCCCCGGCUUGAGAAUGAGGAUCCAAAGCCCCAGCUUGAGAAUGAGGAUCCAAAGCCCCAGCUGGAGAAUGAGGAACCAGAGCCCCAGCUGGAGGAUCCAAAGCCCCAGCUGGAGGAUCCAAAGCCCCAGCUAGAGAAUGUUGAUCUAAAGCCCCAGCUGGAGAAUGAGGCUCUAAAGCCCCAGUUGGAGAUUGAGGAUCUAAAGCCCCAGCUGGAAAAUGAGGGUUUAGAGCCUACAGCCAAGGAUGACAUGCUCGGCUCUUCUGCUUCGAACUACCAGGUAUCUGAGGUCAGCACUUUAGGGUCUGAAGUAAAAUAUGAUUCUAUUUCUACUGAUUCUGUGUCAAUUAAUGAAACGAUUGAACUAAAGGAUAAUAUAAUUGCUGAUCAUGUCAAAUUAGAAUUAGAUAUUGUUAAGCCGGAGAUGGUGGACCCAUCAUCCAGCACUGUUGUUCCAGUCAGUGGUGAUUCACAUCCAAUGGAUGUUGACGAGCCACUUGAGGACAAGGCAUCUCUUGGAGAGAAAGAUGACAACAUUACAAAUGCAGACAUUAGCAAGAAAAAUGAUAAUGCGGAUUUGGGGUACUCAGAAAUAUUAAAUUUAGAGAGAAGUUCUGGAGAUGAUUCUAUGGAAGAAGAUGUGUUGGACAGUAAACAAAUUGAUUCAAAAUAUAGUUCUGACGAUGUGGGAGAUAUUGGUGAGAAAAAUGAAGUUCCUAUUGUGAAUGAGGAAAGUCGUGCUGGUAUUGUGGGAGAUGAUAUUGCCACAGACAAAAAUGAUGUAAGUGUUGAGAACAAGAAUCAUCCAGCUCUUCCUGCUGAGAAAAGAAAGCUUAAUGAUCAAGCAGCAGUUGGAAGCAAUGAGCCUGUAAAGAGGCGCAGGUGGAACUCUGAAAACCUUAAAGUUCCAGAGCUGCAAAGCCCUCUUCAAACACCUUCAGUCACACCCAAGGAUACUUUCCAGAGCCCCAGUUUGAAGCGUAGCUUUUCAAGAUCGAACUCUACAAUGAGUGAGGAUGCCCCCAAGGAACGUGUUGUUCCACCAUCGCAGAAGCCUCCAACUAAUUCCCUUAGAAUUGAUCGUUUUCUGCGACCUUUCACCUUGAAAGCUGUGCAAGAACUUUUAGGCAAAACUGGGAAGGUUACUGAUUUCUGGAUGGACCACAUCAAGACUCAUUGCUAUGUUACUUAUUCAUCAACGGAAGAAGCCUUGGAGACACGGAAUGCUGUGUAUAACCUACAGUGGCCCCCCAACGGUGGGCGCCUUUUAGUGGCUGAGUUUGUUGAUCCCCAGGAAGUGCAAACACGGGUUCAGAUUCCUCAGACUCCUGCUACACCCAUCAGUAGCGGUCCUGCUGUACCUGUUGCCCCAUCCACCUCACAGCCACAGCCUUCACCCCGUCAACCUAGGCAGCAGCUUCCACCACCUCCUUCUCUUCCACCUCCACCACCUUUGACUGCCCCUUCCUCAGCAAGAGAACGGCUUCCUUUGCCUCCCCCACCUCCUCUACCAGAGAAACUUGAUACACCGAUUGUCACUUUGGAUGAUCUCUUUCGAAAAACCAAGUCAACUCCUCGAAUCUAUUACUUACCUUUGUCGGAAGAACAAGUGGCUGAAAAACUUGCAGCACAGGGCAAAAAUGCCAAGCAGUAGGAGCAUCGCCACAGUCCAUCCAUGGCUGCUGUUCAGAUUUUCUUUUCAGUUGGUCAGUAUGUUAGAUGUAGGGCAGUGUCUUGUAAUUGCAUGUUUAAUGGAUUUUGGUUAUUAUGAAAUCUUGUUCAUGGUUGAGAGGGCCUGAGACCAAGUGUUUUUCUAUAUUAGUAUUAGAACCCUUAUAGACUGAGCCUUAUUUAUUGGCUUGUGGAUCCAUUUGUAUCUUCGUUUUCUAUGGAAGUAGAGUUCCAAUUUCACUUUACUUUAAA